AUGGCUUUCUCUUCCGGCGACGUCUCUGCCAUGAUUGCCACUGCGCCGAGCGGGGCCUUUAACAAGGCCAACGCUGACCAGAUCCGCGAUUGGGUCGACUUCGUGCUGAAUAUCGAGCCCAACGCGGCGGAGAAACACGACUUGUUCUACUACGUGUCGGUGGCUCGCCUCUUGGCGGAAACGAUCGGCAGCACCUCGCUCUCGGAUUUCGAGGGUCCACACAUGCGCGAGAAGAUUAAGGCAGCGAUUGUUGUGAACGAUUUGCCGUGCGCCGCAGAGCAGGAUCCAGCAUGGAAAGCCUGGAAGGUUUCGCCGGCACAGGUCGUCUUCGCACUCAAGGUGCAGACCAAGUGCGCCCAAGCUGCACCACCCGCCCGCUCGGCUCCAGAAGCCGGCGCUGGGAGCGACGUGGCAGGAAUGGCCGAAGCUGUGAAACAGCUUGCAGAACUACGGACCCAGGCGCUCCAGAAGGGCAAGCCGAAGGGACUCAGCUUCAAGCUUCAAGACAGGAUCGUUGAAGUGGGCUUGCAGAAUUUCGAUAAAGACACCCUCCCGUCCGAGGAAAUCUUGGCGAAGGCCGGGCUUGGAUCGGCUCUGCAGAAGGCGAAGAUCUCCGCGAUCAUCAACGCCCAGCAUGAAGAUCGCGUGAGACAGAGUGCGGCCGCCAAGCGCGGAAGCGCUUGGAUCGAUAAAAUCGAUUACGUGAGCUUCGCGACCUUCAUGGGGCAUCUCCACGAGUGGGGUUUCAAGGUGAUCCUCACGAAGGCGUGCAGCAUGGCGGACUUUUUCUCCUACGUGCAUAUUAUGAUCCGCAUCGCUGAGGAGAACGGCGGGGUCAGGACGGCGUUUCAAUACGACGCUCUCCAGCGGAGGGCCAUGGCCAAAGCGCUGGAGAGGAACGAAACCGAUUUGAGUAGGUACCUUACAAGGAUCGAUGUUGAUCUCCUGCGCACGGCCAAAGACAAGGUAGAUAAGCGCUUCGCGGAGCUCGCUCGUGCAUCUGGCGCGCCCAAGGGUCAGUCCAAGGGCCAGCCCAAGGGCGCCUCCAAGAGCUACGGCGACGGGGGCAGUCAUGCCUCCAGCAGCGCAUCCUCUGGCGGCAAGGGCGGCAAGAGCGCUAAGGGCGACGACCGGCGCGUGCGUUCGCCGCCCGCGCGGCACAAGGGCAGCGCUGAUGGCGGCCAGCAGCAUCGGUCGCGCAGCCCGCGCGCUGGAUGGCAGCAGUCGGGCCAGUGUGACAAGCAGUCCUGGAGCAAGUGA